CUGCCGUCGCGCUGGGCACCCGCCCCGCUCCACCGGCCCCGAUCCUCCCGCGCGGCAGGCGGGGCCGCCCCUCGCCAGCGGCCCCCCCCCGGAAAACACCCACUGACUCAGCCCCUUCGGCGCAGGCGCCCCUCUCCACGCAUGCACCUGCUCCCCUACCGUUCCAGCCGCGCAUUUGCAGCGGCGAGCGCGCCUGCCGUUUGCCUCUCUCCCGGCCGCGCGUCCCGUUAUCCCGGGAAGGGAGGAGGAGCCGGAGGCGGAGGCAGCGGCCUCUGCCGCCGGGCAGGAUGUCCUGCUGCCGCCGCCGCUGCUGAUUCAGGCCAAGAGCAGAGGAUGCUGCGCCCUGGCUGGAGGUGAGCGCGUCCCUGCGCGGAGCAGCCGCCGCCGUGCGCCCCGGCGUGGGAGGCGAUGUUCCCGGCCCGCGAGGCAGCCCAGCAGCCCGGGGCGGGCUCCCCGAGCCCCGUCGAGGUUUCCCCGCCGGGCAGCGGCGCCGGCAGCCCGCCGGCGGCGGCCUCGCCGAGCGACGACGCCGAGCUGGGCGGCUGCAGCAAGGAGGAGCUGGUGCGCCGCCUGCGCCGCGAGGAGGCCGAGAAGCUGGCGGCGCUGGUGCAGCGCGGCCGCCUCAUCCAGGGCGUCAACCGGCAGCUGCAGGAGCACCUCCGCGAGAUCCGCGAGCUGAAGGCGGUCAACGGGCGGCUGCAGGCCGAGAACCGCGAGCUGCGCGACCUCUGCGGCUUCCUCGACGAGGACCGGCUCAAGGCCAAGCGCCUGGCGCGCCACUGGCAGCUCUUCGGCCACCACGCGGCGCAGGUGCUGCGCGACGAGGUGGCCGCCUGCCUGCGCAAGCUGGCCGGCCUGGAGGGCCUGCAGGAGCGGCUGGCCACGGAGAACCUGGAGCUGAAGGAGCUCUGCCUGGCCCUCGAGGAGGAGUGCGCCGCCGCCGCCGCCGCCUCCUCGCCCGGCGGCCGGCCCGACGCCAGCCUGCCCAGCCCCGGCGGCGGCUCCUCCGAGCUCAGCCUGCCCUGCGAGCCCCGCGACCUGGGCGACGGCAGCUCCAGCACCGGCAGCGUGGGCAGCCCCGACCAGCUCCACCCCGCCUGCUCCCCCGACGACUGAGCCCGCCCGCCGCGGGGGCGCCCACGCGAGGCCGACACCCCCACGCGACGGCUUCGAGGGAGCCCCGGAGGGGCGCCGCUUGGCCUCCCUCCGCGCGGCCUCAGCCCCAUCCUGAGCCGGGGGGUGUGUGUGUUUCGCGCGUGGGAGGACUGGAACCCCAGCCUGACGCUGGCGGCUGUGCGUCCCUGUGGCUUGCUGCGUUGGUGCCGCCCGGAAUGGAUGCAGCAAGCUCCUGGAUUAGGUUGUGACUCUGAUUUUAUUUUAUUUUAUUUUAUUUUGUAAAGCCACUCCUGAGUGGAAGCGACUUCCCUCUUCCUAGACGUCGUCUCCUCCUUGGAAUAGUGUUGGCUUCCAGCGGCUGUCCAGACAAACAGCUCUCUGUGGGGUGGUGGGUUUUGCUGGCUUGCUUCCCAUCCCAACAGAAAUGGACCCCCCCCCCCCGCCUUUCUGACAUGCCAGCAGCGUCAGAUAUGGUGGGGCCCUUUUCUUGGAUCCAGCCUGAUUCGACCGAGGCAUCUUUCCGGCAUCACUUCCUGGGAGUGAAGGUAGCAAGCUUUGGGACUGCAUAGAAACCUUCUUCAGGCUGGCCCGGUAGCUGUUCUUGCUGGCGUUUGGAAACUGGGGCCCCCUCUUCUGGGGGGCCUCUUCUGGAAAAUGGACUUCUCCCUGCUAAUUCAUCCACCCACCCCAACCCUGGGGGGGACUGAAAGCCCUGUACCCGAUAUGUACUGGCCAGGGACGGUAUAGAGCAAAGAAACAGAGACUAGUUGAUUCCAACAGCUUGCUAGUGAUUAAAGCAAUGGAGAUAUUGUGGGAGGGCUGGACACGAUGCUAGCUGGGGCUUUGUUUGGAGGUGUUAAGCAGCAGGAUUGGGGGGGUGGGGGCAUAAGAGAGUUGAGCCGGACUCAGAAAAGUCCUGAGUCCAGAUUUCUAGCUUGUCUCAUUCUUCUCUUCUGCCCCCCGCCCCCCAGUGCCAGUUUUAAAUAUCUCCUUUGGAAAGAGUACCUGCUUUACCCUGGCAUGGCCAAGCGGGGGCUGGGAAACCCUGUUUGAAACCUUGGAGAGAGCCGCUGCCAGUCAGAGCAGACAGUCCUGAACUAGAGGGACCAAGGGCCAGGCUCAGUAGGAGGCCGCUUCCUUGGUCCAUAAUAUUUGAAGAGAGGCCCUAGCUCAGCGGGAAAGCAUCUGUUUUGCCUGCGGUUCCCAGGUUCAGUCCCUAGUAGUAGUCUCUCGGUAGGACAUGAAAAGAUUCUUGCCUGAAAUUGACGAGGGAUGCUGCCAGUCAGUGUAGGCAGUACUGACUCAGUAGGCAGCAUCCCAUGUCCCAUGUCAGGCUCUUCAGAAGUGGAUAUCUGGUUGGCUCACUUAAAAGGAAGUAUUUUGAAAGGACAAGUCACCCCUCCCUCACAAUUUGGGGGAAUUAGAGAAAGACCCUAGAGGAAAUUACUGUCACUCCCACAGUUAUUCUAGGAUAUUUUGUGAGUGUAAGGACCUUCGAAGGAUCGGUUCUCCAGUGUGCACUUCCCUUGUCUUCUCCCUAGGCAUAUAUGGGGUGGCGCGGGUGGGGGGGUUGUCCUUCCUAAACAGUGCACUAUUCAGAUAUCCUUCUGCCCAGCAAAUAGCUUCUAGGGUUCUUCUGUUUGAUUAAAAUUGGUGGUCUUAGGAACCCCCCUCCACCUGAGCAGCAGGGCACAUAGCCGGAGAAAUGCCAGAACUGGAACUGUGUAUAUUAAGAACAAGCUUUAUUUGUACGACUCCCACAGAUGGGCAUGGAAAAACGGCUUUCACGGGACAAACUGCCGUUCGGCAGAAGCCGCAAGCUUCAGGGCUUCAUAGAACUCUUCGCCGGUGUCGGUCAGAGAUGAUUCGGAAGCAAAGUCCAUCUGGGUUUGUUUUUCAAGACCCCCAGGCCUGGGAAUCUAGCAUCCUUUCCCUUUUCAAGGAUUUCCCCAGGAUGCAGCCAGAUAUUGUAGGGGGAUAUCCUGUUAUCUUGGGACUGGGGGAGCAAUGUUGGAUGUGAGACGUUUCAGGUUCCAAAUAAAUGUUUGAAAUUUG